GUGGACCCCCGCAUGGAGUACAUCCAAUGGAUGGCUGUCUCACGAGUGCAGAGACCGGCUUCAUCAACAGCCAGCCAUCUAUGGCCGAGUUCAUGACGGCUUUGCCUCAUCUGACGGGAGAAUUGCAGCACCCACCUCCGCCGGGGUCACUGAGCCCACCACCUGGAAGCUACCAAGGGAUGGUAGAUUCGCACGGACAGCCACCCCCAGGACAACAAGCACCCCCAACCGGAGUCAAUGUUCCGGAGUAUCCAUGGAUGAAGGAGAAGAAAACUACACGGAAAAGCAAUCAGCAAGAGAACGGGUUGCCUCGAAGACUCCGUACGGCGUACACAAACACACAGCUGCUGGAGCUGGAGAAGGAGUUCCAUUUCAACAAGUACCUCUGUCGACCGCGGCGAAUCGAAAUAGCGGCAUCGCUGGACCUCACCGAACGUCAAGUUAAAGUGUGGUUCCAGAACCGUCGCAUGAAACACAAGCGACAAACACUCAGCAAGACAGGCGAAGACGGUGACAGUAAAGACUCUCCCUCAGGGGGUGUUGGUAAAAGCAGUAGCAAAUCCGACAAAAGUAUUUUGCUUCUGCAGGAUGAAAACAGUAAGAGUUGUCAGAACUGCGACUUGACCUCUGGGGGAGGUAACACAGGUGGAGGCGGUAUUGGUGAUCAUACUUCAAACAGGGGAAAUAACAAUAACACCGCAGGUGUCACUAAUAACAACACGAGUUUCAAUAAUAACAACAGCAAUGCUAGUAGCGGUGCAAGUAGUGUCGCUAGCAGCAUCAGUAGUUCCUUCGAAAAGAUGGUCACCGAGGAGGACUCAAGAUCUAAUGAGAGCAGCGGUAUUCUGUCGACACCAGGACUAGUGGUAAAGAAACUCGGUGGGAGUGAAGUGCUUGUCAAAGUGGAGGCUGACAACAAAAGUCCACCUAUUUUAACUCUAGUAACGAAGAAAGAGCCCGGUGGCAAGGAAGUAUCAGCGGCGAACAGUGUUAUGGGAGGGAGUACACAAAGUGGUAAGGGAAGUGGUGGUAGUUCUAGUGGGAGUGUAGGAUUAUUAUCUCUUCCGGACGCGUCACAACAACAAAGUGCAUGUCCUGUCGCCGUGCCUCCAUCAGGCAGUCUGACGCCCUCGUCAACACCUGGGACACCACUCCAACAACAAUCAAGUCCUCUAGGCGGUAUCCAACAGCAACCACCUUGCAACAGUGGCAAUUCGAACAGCGGUGUCAUGGUGGUAGGUAACAAUGGGUUGUUUCCUCAGAGAUCCAGGACUUCUCCGACAACAACAUCGACAACAAUAGCUACAGCAACUGCUACAGCUUCCGUGACCGCUGUUCUUCAGCAGCACCAAUCGAGUCCCAGCAAUAUAUCAACCGGCUCGAUGCCACCACUGAUACAAAUCGUCAGAGGAGCGACGCCAGCCUCAGCUGGUUCCUUUCCUCACAACAAUCAGCUGUCCGAGUACCGUCACACGGGACCUCCGAACCGAUCUGACUUCAGGCGUCAGCAGGGGGUCACGACAAGUACAACAAUACAGCACGGCGGCUGUUACAGCCCCAGAGACAUGUUUCAGCAGCAGCAGCAACAGCGUCUGAUGUACCCACCCACACCAGACUCUGCAGCGUAUAUGCGGCAGCACCAUUCUUCAAUCACACCACCAUCCUCGCGUCUGAAUGGACUUCAUGCUCCAGUAACGACUCCUAGGACGACGUCCAUCCCUCAACAUCACCCCAGAGGAUCCUAUCACCAUCAGACUAUCACACAACAAUAUCACCACCAACAAUCCUCAACAUACGGCCCACCGACCAGUUACAACGGUUAUCAUCAGGCACAAAAUCAUCAACCUUCCGAUCACCAAGCCUAUCAUUCAGGAACCUCAUACCAACAUCGUAACCUCAAUAGUCAUCACUCGUAUAAUCAAGGACAGCCUUAUUCGACCGAUCAUGACCCGUACCUCUCAGGUACUUUAUCCGCAAAUUAUUCCGGAUAUGCAGGUGGGAUGUACACAGGAAAUUCAUCAGAUACCAUACACCACCCGGCUCACCCACACAUGGGUGGCUCUGGACAGCACCAACAGAUGCACGGUGAUUCCACGUCAUAUUAUGCAGACGGAAUGCAGCACACGCAAAGCACAUUCGGACCACAACACACGACUCAUCACAUGGACGCUGAGUAUGGGACAGCUCAGGGAGCAUCAAACAAAACACACAAUCAAGGUCAUUCAUAUUAUGAUCAGGCUAAUCAGCAUCACCAUCACCAACAUCAUCAUAUGAUACACCAAGGUGGCGAUGCGUCUAAUAUACCCAACAAUUACGUGUCGUCACCGGACCCAUUUCCCCUGAACAACGGAGGAGGGACGCCAACUCCAGGCGGGACAGGUGUUAGCACCACAGCGACGGCGAUCGCAGCGGCCACGGCGGCAGUCAUGACGCCACCGACGGCCGUGCAGACGGACUCAGGAGACAACUUUAACAAUUUUCACCAUUUCUACAGCGAGCCCCAUCAUUCGCAUCCUACAGUGCACCAUAACAAUCCUGCGUCAGCAGAAAACAGCAACAGUUCGUCCGAUUUCAAUUUCUUGAGCAAUCUGGCGAACGAUUUCGCACCAGAAUAUUAUCAGCUCAGCUGAAAGCUGUUAUAAAUCAAGCCUCCAUCAAUAACUAAAGAAAUACGUUUUCUGUAAUUCAUGGUAAGGAAUAUUCAAAAUGUGACGCUAUUUUUAAAAAUUUUACAAAUUAAAAUCUAAUUUAAUUGACUUUUAAAACAAAAACAUCACAUACUGCACUAAAGCAAAUGAUAGUCUAGUAGAUUUUCAUUCAACGUCUUUUAGAAAGGCUUCCCAUUAUGUGAAUUAAGAAUUGGUGCCAUUGUCUAUGAACGGUGGCAUGAGAAAGUGUCUGACGAAGUCGACAUAAUUUAAAACAUCCAAUUGACUUAAAGGUGAUGUUUCCUCAAAUUUAAUCGAAAUCUCACAGAUUUUAUAAUAACAUCAAAAUCUUUUAAAAAUAAAAUAUUUAGAUUCUAUGAAAUGCACAAAAAUAAAAAUCAAAGAGCAAUAAUAGAUCAGUGCGAUAUUAGUUUGUUUCUAUGGCUUAGUUAUAUCGUUUGUGAUUUUUUAUUAAAUAAGUGGAUGAAACAAGAAAUGCGUUUAAUGACAGUAUAAUACGUGAAAAGUUAAAAUAUGCCUAUAUAUUUCUUAAAAUUAAUUUAAACUGAUAUCUGAAUACCAUGACAGAGAAGACGUGAUCAAAAUGUGAGCGACAGUCACAGAUGGAGACGAUAUGUGCAAUUUAUUUCACACUGUUUGAGCAAAGCUCUUACCGAAAGUGGCCAUGACAAGUUAACAAAAAUAAGUGACAUUUAAAAUAAAAUUUGUAAAAAUAUACCAACAGCACGAAAAUAAACUUAAGUGAGAAGGAGGUUAUUACAAGGCAGAACUUUAGCAAUUUUGUCUUUACUACUAUUAUUAGAUAGAUAUUCCUAUUAUUAGAACAAAAACUAUGUUAUUGUUGUUCCUUUGUUGUUUGGUGUAAAUAAUCUAAUUGAUUCUUAUCAUUUACUAAUGACUAUUAUUAUUCACAAUUAUGUACAGAUCAUAUCCUUUACAACAACGUAAUGGAUUAGAGCCAAUAAACCAUAAGUUAUAAGAU